AAGGUCAACCUCCAUCAGGCGCAUGCGUCCCUUCCUUUUCCCAUGGAGGAAGAGACGCCUCUUUUCCUUCCGCUUUGCUUGUCUUUUGGCCCCGGCGACUCACCAUCGUCAGUGCGCAACCGUUCGCUAACUGAAAUGAUGGCGACUGGAACGCCAGAGUCUCAAGCGCGGUUCGGUCAGUCCGUGAAGGGGCUUCUCACGGAGAAGGUGACCACCUGUGGUACUGACGUAAUCGCGCUCACCAAGCAGGUGCUGAAAGGCUCCCGGAGCUCCGAGCUGCUAGGUCAGGCAGCUCGAAACAUGGUACUCCAGGAAGAUGCCAUCUUGCACUCAGAAGAUAGUUUAAGGAAGAUGGCAAUAAUAACAACACAUCUUCAAUACCAGCAAGAAGCUAUUCAGAAGAAUGUUGAACAGUCAUCGGAUCUACAGGACCAGUUGAAUCAUCUGUUGAAAUAGAAUGACAUUAACUCAGAGGAGAUACGUGUUUUAUUUGUGAUAGCAAAUUCCUAAAUGAACAUUAGGCAAGUGGUAUCAUUAUCAGGCCAGCUGCAGCCUCUUGCCUUGACCUGCAUUCCUAGAAUUUCUUUGUUGCUGUAAUUCUUGAUUAAGUGACCUUGACUUUCAUUUUGUAAUUUUGCUAAUCAUCAGCAAAUUCACUUGCAUGACGUUACUGCCAAAUAUGAAGGCAGUUGAAUUAUUAUGAGUGAUUGUGGCAGAGGUUUGUGCCAUGGUGAAAACUUUGAUGUUUGUCUGUGUUCAUUGGAUCCAUCUUUUUAAAUGACAUUACCAUGAGUCUGUUGUCAAACCUAAAUAUCUUUGUUUGAAUUUAAAAUGUGACUCUAUAUUGUUGUAGUUCAGGUCUUCAUUGACUAAGAGAUUGAGAGAAAUCUGACAUGAGAAAAUAUUGUUUUCACUGCAGGAAUAAAGAGGAAGUAACAGUGAA